AUGAUUGACAGCCUUGACAAUGAAACACAAGCAAGCACAGGAAUGGGUGAAUCCCCUCAGUUAGAGACGGCGAGGGAAUAUCUUCAGCAGCUGCUAAGGGAUGAUGGCCUGACAAAAUUUAACUUCAAAAUCCCUCCCACUCUCCGCUCUGACCCCCCUCCCAAACAGGAUAGUCAACCCUUAAGCCGCAGUCAGCUUGGACCGUUUGCAAAGCUCGUUCUCGACUCUUCUGAUGUAAAAUAUUGCUGUUCCGACUCAACCACCUGCAGCUCCAAACCGCACCCUCGACGCUCCAAGGGCUUCCCAAUCCCUACCUCCUCUUCUCAACCUCUGUCCCCCAUAAUCAAAGAUUCCAGUCGUCAAAAUUCUCUCUCAUCUACUCCGCAGUCCAAAAAAUUACCAAAACCAAUUGUCCUGAUCCCACGUUUAUCUCCUUCGUCUAAUAUUGAUGAUGUCCAAUAUAUUGCGGACCCCAGCUCUCCUAAGCGACGAAAGAUAGACUCUCAGAUGGAGGAAAGGCAAGAUGCCGUGCAGCUUCGUGACCAAAAGGAGGUUUCAGAUGCCGCAUUGGUCAAACUCCAAAGCCUUUUGCACGAAAUAUUUGAAGCGGAAGAUCAUCUUCUACCAGAUGAUUCCCCAGAGGCUCUGUUAAACAACAAAUUUUUUAAAACUCCCAAUAGCAUCAGUGAAAUAGGACCUGUGUUAGCUUCUGAUAUUCACGGACAACUGUCAAAGGCGCUUCAAAAAGUGACCGACUAUCGACGACUUGAAGAUGUCCCGUCAGAAUACAUAAAGCGCAUUCAAAAAAUUUGCGAAGCUCCGAUUAUGGUAGCUCAGUCCGCAGAAUUUAGACUAGAAUCCCCGCCUUCUGACGCCGAAACAGAAAGAUGGGUUCACCGACUAGAAGACGUUCAGAACAUAUUGCUAGCAAUCACAACCUUGCUACAAACAAUGUCUGGAAAUCAAAGUACCAAAGGACUGUGUCCUGAGGAUCUUAUCCAAGCCAUCCCAACGUCCCUUGGCCAGAUCUUUGAUCACUGUAUCAUUCCUGUGGUAGAAUGCAGAGCGAGUGGAAAAGAUUCUACACUUUUUAGUGUCUUCACUUCCAAGAAGCAAAUAAUAUCCAAUGUAAUUCACCAAACGAAGAAGGUGUUGACUAGGCUCGCUUCUUUCCUUUCCAAUGUCGAUUUGGCCGAAGGGCCUAUUACCGCGAUGGAAUUUCUUGCUGCAAGGCUUAUAUUUGUUGAGAAUGCUCCUAACGAUAAGGAGUCUGCAGUAGGAGUUCAAAAAUAUGAAGCUUCAAGACGGGCUGCCAUGGAUGUAUUAGCAAAAAUUUUUGCAAAAUAUCCAAACCAGCGCCCUUUCAUUCUCGAUGAAAUCUUGGUAUCUCUAGAAAAGCUUCCGUCAAAUAGACAGAGUGCAAGACAAUUCAAACUCAUUGAUGGGAAAAGCAUACAACUCCUCUCCGCAUUGGUGAUCCAGCUUGUCCAAACGACAGCUCUCCAACUUUCGACUAGGCCGACAUUAGAUCAAAACGCUUUGCAAAAAUCUUCAAAUAUCAGCCGUACUGAUGAUCUCGAUGGCUCCGAGGAAGAAGCUGACACGGAAGACUCUGAUGAUGAAAAGAAACAUAAGACAACGGCAAUCAAACGACUUUCGAAGCAAAUCGACCCACUUUAUGACAAUGCGAUUCAUAGUGCACAAUAUGUAACCAAAUUUAUUGUCCAGAGGGCCAUGACUUCAACAAAGACUGGGGAUCAACCGUAUCGAAAUCUUCUAGACCUCUUUACUGAGGACUUGAUAACCGUGCUGGGAUCUACUGACUGGCCUGGUGCAGAAUUGAUCUUACGGGUCCUUGCAUCGCAGAUGAUUACAAUUGCAGAUCACGACAAGAGCACAGCAAAUGCAAAGAAUAUGUCGCUUGAAUUACUUGGUUGGAUGGGCUCCGCGAUAUCCGACCUGACUUCGGCCGCGCAACAUUUGAGCAAUGCUAUUGAGGACGGAGAAGGUGACCUUACCGAACAGCUACGGUAUUGGCUAGAUGAGCAUUCAAAUAGAGCUCUCCAUAUACAGGAUAUUAUAGGUUUAGAUGGACCCUAUCGAAUGGCUCUAGAAUUUUUAGAGCAGAGAAAUCUUGGUGACUGGCAGCUCUCCAGUGCCAGAGGCUACCUUGUGGCUCAAUGGGCGAAAAUCGUUUGUAGCGGGUAUGAAGAAUCAGUGCAGAACGGUGCUGGAAAUGCUCAAGGCGUUCGUACGUUGGCAAAGACUUUAAACCAUAUCCUUUCCGGUCCAAAAUGGCUGGAAUCUAACAGCAUCUUUGAGCGAAUCUCGACACAGCAAGCGCGGCUUGCCUACUUUAUAAUAAUUCUCAGCAGCGGCUUUUGCAAAGGGUUUGAUACUAUUGUCAAGGUCCUUCUUAGUUCUAUCACCAGUGACCAAGCAAAAGUAAGAAGUCGAAGCUUGAAGAGUGUAAUUCAGAUGCUUGAGCGAGACUCUGGCUUGCUGGAUCGGGAUGAAUCGAUCAUGGCAUUAAUUCUUAGAUCCGCAACCGAUUCUUCCCCAAUGGUUCGCGAUUCAGCUUUAGGCUUGAUUGCAAAAUGCAUGUUUUUAAAGCCAUCACUAGAGGAAAAUUGCUGCUGUGCAAUCUUAGCUUCUUCUUCAGACCAAACAGUUGGCGUUAGGAAACGAUGCAUUACCUUAAUGAAGGAUAUCUACCCGCAAACAUCUACACACGAACUGAAACUGGCCAUCAUUGAACAACUGCUCCAGAGGGUCAAUGAUUUUGAGACUACUGUAGCUGGCCAAGCGCGCCUCGCGCUGGAAGAUAUCUGGUUCUCCCCAUUACACUCAUCUUCCGCAGGCUCGGUUCAAACAACACCUCAAUCAAAGGUUACCCUAGAGAAUCUCAUGGAUCUUAUUGUUGGGACUGUGCGGGGAAACGAGUGCGUCAUUCCUGCUUUUGAGGCAUUUAUAAAGCAUGAGCUAUCUACGGAAUCAAAAUCAGCGUCUUCAAAUUUUGCAGUUUGCAAAGCUGUUGUAUCGACGAUGUUUGACCGGAUAGUACAUGGAUCAGAGAACAUCGACAAGCGGACAUUGCAAUCUCUGUUACAAUCAAUUACGGUUUUUGCAAAAGCUAAUGCGAAGUUGUUUACCCCGGACCAACUUGAAACGCUCCAUCCAUACAUUGGACAUCUCUCUAAUGCGGACGAUCUUAUUUUAUUUCGGUCUGUCGUUGUCAUUUACCGUUGUGUUCUACCAUAUCUCUCAACUUCUCACAACACCCUGCUCAAGGACAUUCAAAAUGACCUUUUUAAGAGUGUCUCAAAAUUGGCUAGAACAGAGCUUAAUGAGGUUAUGGCUUGCCUCUGGACAAUCAACGGCGUCCUGCAGAAUACGGAGCGUUUAGUGAAACUAACGAUAUCAGUUCUGAAAGGCAUUAAUCAAGCCGCGAGUAUCAACUCAGACUCUUCGAUCAACGCGGAUGCACUUGGGCGAGUACGAAGUUAUAUCCGCAUUGCAGGCUGCGUAGGGAAACACUGUGAUCUGGAAUCCUUCCAGUCCUUUUUCUCACAUGCCUUUCCUCAAAUGAAGUCAACUUCGGUGGCCGGACUCAUAGUUGAUUUCAUUUCGCCGUUCGCAUCGUCGAAAUACACCCAAGAACUGAGAAUCAUGGCGCUCGAGAGUUUGGGGGCAGUGUGUGAGACAUGGCCUGCCCAGUAUGGUCGUGAACCUGCUAGAACCGCAUUUACGUCUGUUUUCAAAGAAGACAGCGCAGAUUUACAGAAUAUCGUACUUAAAGGAUUUUUGGCUUUUUUCUCCAUACAUGAAGGGAAAGCAGAAAAGCUCAUCGAAACUGCAGGAGUCGAUGCUGAUGGUGAUGCUACUAGGCUUGGAGGCUCCCUUAAAGCUAGCGAGAAUGAUGGGGCAGCAGCAUUAAUUGCUCAGCACUUUUUGCAGCAAAUGCUCCAUGCUGCUCUUUCAAAAGAAAACUCCCAUGCACUGACAGCAAUUGAAUUAAUUGCAAGCGUGAAUCGCCAGGGCCUCAUCCAUCCCAAAGAAUGCGCCGGGGUUCUUGUCGCUUUGGAAACCUCUAGCAAUACCAAAAUCUCCAGCAUCGCUUUUGAAACGCACAAAAUGCUUCAUCAGCAGCAUGAGUCUAUGUUUGAUCGCGAAUACAUGAGAGCCGUCCAAGAAGCGUUUUACUAUCAACGAGAUAUCGUUGGCGAUCCUGCAGGAGCCCUGACUAGGCCAUUUACGGCCAAACUCGCGCCCCUAUUCGAAAUUAUUAAAAUUAGCAAUAGCAGAUAUCAGAAGAAGUUUUUGACAAACCUCUGCUCAAAGGUUGACUUUGAGCCACGUAAACUCGAUAUCAAUGGCAAUCCUCCAGAACAGCUUUUACUUGCAAGGUUUGUGUGUCAGAAUCUAGCUUUCUUCGAAUAUGCGCAGAUUGGAGAGCUCCUUGCUACUGUCACGUGCAUGGAGCGGAUCGUUGCGUCCACUGGUACUACCGUCGCUCACGCAAUUGAAACGGAUAUUUUCCCAGUAAAAUUUGAAAAUACAGAACAUCAAAUUCAAGUUGACAAUUCUACCGCUCCAGAAAAGGAACCACAGCACAUUGAUCCGGAUACCCUGAAACAAUUGGCAACCGCGGCUGCAGCAUUGUCACUACUAUGGGAGACCAGAUCGUAUCUCCGACGGCUCUAUGGCAUUAGCUUCCAUUCCCUCCCUAAAGAAAGCAAGGCUGGGGCAAAGGAGCUUAAUAAGUCUGUAAGUAAAGUUCAGGGUGUUUCCAGCGAACGCUUAUGGGAUGCAAUGGCAAAGACUAUGGCAUGUCUUGAAAACGCAGAGGGUAUGAUAACGAUUUGCCGAGAAUUCGCAACUCUGAUGGCGAUCGAUGAUGAACUGAAAGUUACUGCUGAUGAUGAUCGAAACGGCUAUGACUCCACAACAGAAUUGGUGGAUGUUGGUACCAUUAUUGCACCGUCCAAUGGGUCAAAGUUGGGGAAACGAAGGAGCUCUGUUUCUAGUGGAAAUGCUCCGAAACGGCCGAAGCAGAAAGGGAAAGGCAAAAACGCAAAAAAGAGAGGCAGCACUGGCUCGGAUAACGACGCAGUUCUUGAUUGA